AUGUUGCAGACUGAAGCAAUCUUUGCUGUUGGCUUGGUUUUACGGCAUAGCCGCCCCCAGGUUAUGUUACGGAAGCUUGUUCGAGAGGAUCGAGCGGUUGGUGAUGUUAUCAGUGUUGAACACACUGAAGCAGUUGCCUGGAAGCACUUCGAACAUUGUUACGUGCGAGAAUCCACUAGCGCACCGUCGCUCCUCACAAAGUCGUGCCACGACAUCGAUUUUCUUUUCUGGCUUCUCUAUUCGCCGGCUUCUACAUCCAAUCCCGAACCGCCUCAUCUCCCUUCAAAGGUGACUUCUUCAGGGCGCCUGCACUUCUUCAGGCAAGCCAAUAAGCCCUCCGGUGCCGGUUCAGCCACUAACUGCUUGAGCUGUCCUGUCGAGACAACUUGUCAAUACAGUGCUAAAUCGCUCUAUCUGCAUCAGCAUCUUAGGGCAGGCAACCGUGACUGUCCUGUCAAUGCAAUAGUUCCUGAUAUCGAGGAUGUGUUUCGGAACCAGGGACUCCCUUCUGCAGCGAAGCGCUUAUUGGAAGUUCUAGGUGAGGACUAUGAUGAAAAAACACCAGCAUCUCAGGUUAGCCUGAGAAACUGGUAUGGGCGCUGUGUCUGGGAAUCCGACAACGAUGUGUGUGAUGAUCAAAUGGUCACUAUAGAGUGGGAGGAUGAACUUCUACUAUUCCCUCAGAAACUGAAGAGUGAGUCCAAACAAUCUUCUUUGUCGUUGAAGCAGCAGUCUUACACAGGCAACCUAGGCACUGAGCCUCAGUACCGCCCUGCAAAAAUCGCCCAGUUCCAUAUGGUCGCUCUCACAGACGCUAUCAGCAGGCGUCGUGGACGUAUAUCAGGUACCACAGGGGAGAUUGUUUACGAUGCAGCCACUAUUCGUGUGAGCGACUUCUGCUCUGGCUCCGAAGUGGUGUAUAAUAUGUCCUCUGCCAAAGGUAGUCACGAUGGGGGGGAUGACGGUCUUGCAUUGUCAUUUGUAAGAGCGGUGGCCAAGGUGAAGAGCGGCGAUAUGGGCGUUUUGGAAGCUCAGAGGACUUUCUUGACCUGUACCGUGGAAGAACUUAUUUAUUAA